UUUAACGGAUGACCUACCACCCGCACCCGGCUAACUCAGUGAGCAGCGAGACCUGAAGCCGUCGACAGCAUGUCUGAGCCAAUUAGAGUUCUGGUGACGGGCGCUGCAGGGCAGAUUGCCUACUCGCUGUUGUUCAGCAUUGCCAAGGGAGAUGUCUUUGGCAAAGAUCAGCCAAUCACGCUGCUACUCCUGGACAUUCCGCCCAUGAUGCCCGUCCUGGAAGGUGUUGUCAUGGAAUUGCAGGACUGCGCCCUCCCUCUCCUAAGAGAAAUCGUGGCCACCGACAAGGUGGAAGUGGCCUUCAAGGACCUGGACGCCGCCAUCUUGGUGGGCUCCAUGCCCAGGAGGGAGGGCAUGGAGAGGAAGGACCUGCUCAAAGCCAACGUGGCCAUCUUCGAGACCCAGGGAACGGCCCUGGAGAAGUACGCCAAGAAGGCCGUCAAGGUUCUGGUGGUAGGAAACCCGGCCAACACCAACUGUCUGAUCGCAAUGAAGUCUGCUCCCUCCAUCCCUAAAGAGAACUUCUCGUGCCUCACCCGCCUCGACCACAACAGGGCUCGCUCUCAGGUUGCGAUGCGCUGCAACGUCCCCGCCACCCACGUGAAGAACGUGAUCAUCUGGGGCAACCACUCGUCCACGCAGUACCCGGACGUGCACCACUGCAAGGUCAACGUGUCCGGCGGCGAGGUGGCCUGCUUCGACGCCGUCAAGGAUGAGGCAUGGCUCAAAGGGGACUUCAUCACGACGGUGCAGCAGAGAGGCGCCGCUGUCAUCAAGGCCAGGAAGCUGUCCAGCGCCAUGUCUGCAGCCAAGGCCAUCUGCGACCACAUGAGGGACAUCUGGUUCGGCACCCCUGAGGGUGAGUUCAUCUCCAUGGGCGUGUACUCCUCGGGGAACGCCUACAAAGUCCCAAAUGAUCUCAUCUACUCCUUCCCUGUCCAUAUCAAGAACAAGUCCUGGAAAAUAGUGGAGGGCCUGCCCAUCAACGACUUCUCCAAGGCCAAGAUGGAGGCCACGGCCACUGAGCUGAUAGACGAGAGGGACACUGCAAUGGAGUUCUUGGCCAAGAAGUGACUCGGUUUAGAAGCUCGCCUGUAACAAAGCAACUCCCUUCAAUGUCCUUGUAUUCAUCAUUUGUGUGUGUGUGUGUGUGUGUGUGUGUGUGUGUGUGUGUGUGUGUGUGUGUGUGUGUGUAAGAGAUGUGGAUUAAGUGUGUUUUCUUGUGACUUUAGGGGGUGGGGGGGAUGGAACGCUCUGGUACUGAAAUGAAUUCCAAGGGCACCUAGCUGGCUGAGUUGUAGCUAGGCAGACGUGCACUUUUUAAAGGUUACAAGUACAAGAGCUUCGCUUGUUUUUGGUUUCUUCAGCUUUGCGGGUUCUACGUAUCUUAUUCCCUUGUGAAGAACACAAGCAUCAUGGCUGCUCCGGACCAACCACAGUAUACCUUUUAUCAUCACUAGUGACCAUGCUCCAAUGUGAGCGCUAGGGCAGUCUAGUUCGUCACCUCCAGCUUGUCAUUUCACUUUAAGUGGUGUUUUAAAAAAAAAAUACAAAUAAAACUACACUUGAAUCCCAACUGUUCAUGCUGUAACAAUGAAA